UUCCGAUUUAGUUUCUACUCAAAGUUUCAAAGUCACACUAAGUCCGGGAAAGCUAUCAUCACCGUCGAAGAAACGACAUAGCAACAAAAUGCCGGGUCGUAACAAAGAACAGGAGGCUGAAGUUCUUGCCUGGAUUGAGGCUGUAGUAGGUGAGAAACUUCCUCCUGGAAACUAUGAAGAUAUCUUGAGGGAUGGUGUAAUUCUUUGCAAUUUAAUUAACAAACUUGCACCCGGAUCGGUUAAGAAGAUUCAAUCUAAGGGCACCAACUUUCAACUUAUGGAGAACAUUCAAAGAUUCCAAGCGGCGAUUAAAAAUUACGGUGUACCGCAAGAAGAAAUUUUCCAAACUGCUGAUCUUUUCGAAAGACGUAACAUCCCUCAAGUUACCCUCUGUCUGUACGCAUUAGGCAGAAUCACUCAGAAACAUGACUGGAAUGGGCCAAGUUUAGGACCAAAGAUGGCAGAUGAGAACAAGAGAACAUUUACCGAAGAACAACUGCGUGCCAGCGAAGGUCAAGUAAAUCUUCAAAUGGGUUACAAUAAGGGUGCCACUCAAGCUGGCCACGGUGGCUUUGGAAAUACUCGGCAUAUGUAAAUUUUUUAUAGAAAUGACUUAACAUACAUAUGUCUAAAUGAAAAUGCAUAUCGUGCAUUAAAUGCUAUACAAUAUGACUGGUUAGACUAUUAAAUACGGAGUAAUACAGUAAAAACAUCAAAAUAAGUCGCAUUUUUUAACUACGCGUAA